AUGAUGUCGACUAUGGAAGAUGACCCUGGUGUCAAGUCGUGUCAGUGCCCUGCAACAUUAUUGGCUGUGAUUGACUGUAGUCUACACAGCAGCAUGCUUUCCUCCUUGCUCUCUUUUCCUCCGCUAAGAUUGAUCUAUCUAUCUAUCUAUCUAUCUAUCUAUCUAUCUAUCCUCAGCCGACCCCUAUCUAUCUAUCUAUCUAUCUAUCUAUCUAUCUAUCUAUCUAUCCUCAGCCGAUCCCUAUCUAUCUAUCUAUCUAUCCUCAGCCGACCCCUAUCUAUCUAUCUAUCUAUCUAUCUAUCUAUCUAUCUAUCUAUCUAUCUAUCCUCAGCCGACCUCUAUCUAUCUAUCUAUCUAUCUAUCUAUCUAUCUAUCUAUCUAUCUAUCUAUCUAUCCCCCCCCCCAGUGUCGCCUUACACUCGUUUGGAUUUCAUGAACUUUUUGACACAGAUGAAACGCUUCGACCUCAUAGAAGGGGCAUCCGUCGCGGAACUUUCCAGCAUGUGGCAUCCUGACAUUUUUGGCACACUUAAAGCUCUGAUGGCUUCGAUUUACCUUUCUUUCUUUCUUUCUUUCUUUCUUUCUUUCUUUUCUUUCUUUCUUUCUUUAAUACAGUGCCUUCCUUUCGUUCUUUCUUUCUUUCUUUCUUUAAUACAGUGCCUUCCUUUCGUUCUUUCUUUCUUUCUUUCUUUCUUUCUUUCUUUCUUUAAUACAGUGCCUUUCUUUCUUUCGUUCUUUCUUUCUUUCUUUAAUUCAAUGCCUUUCUUCUUUCAAAGUUGUUUUCCUUCUUUCUUUCUCUCUUUCGUUCUUUUCUUAAUUCAGUGCCUUUUUUCGUUGAAUGCUUUUCUCUCUCUUUUCUUCUUUUUCUUCUUUUUUUCUUUCUGUUACUUUCAAGUUUCUUUCUUUCAUUGA